CAACAACAGCAACAACAGCAACAACAACAACAACAAGAACAAGAACAACAACAACAACAACAAAAUCAACAACAACAACAACAAAAUCAACAAUUACAACAACAACUACAACAACUACAACAACAACAAAAUCAACAAUUACAACAACAACUACAACAACUACAACAACAACAAAAUCAACAACAACAACAAUUACAACAACAACAACAACUACUACAACAACAACAAGAACAACUACAACAAGAACAACAAGAACGACAACAACUAGAACAACAACUACAACGACAAUUACAACAGCACCAACACGAAUUAUCCCAAAUCUAUUAUGUUGUUGUUG